AUGGGUCUUUUAACGAGGUAUUAUGAGAAACUGGCCGAGCAAGGUCGUUUGGAGCAACUGAUCGUUUUUGGGAUGUACGACGAACGGGUGUAUGAGGUUAUCGACCGUCAUAAACUGGCGGGGAGUAUUACUGCGUUGCUUCCAUCGUCUCAAGCAGCCGCGUUUCUCUCUCGAGGGAUGGCAUACGACUGUGUCAAUGAAGAGGUGCUGAGAAAUUUCAUUAAGAUAUGCAUGAUGUUGUCCACCUACAAGACUGUCGAAGAGGGGGCGAGUCUUGCGGAGCUUAUAGGGAGUUGUGGUGUGCCUGAACACUAUCGAAUGAGUUUGUUUAACUUUAGUGAGACGUACAGACACAUGAUAUUAUCCAAGUCGUACUUUCCUCAACGGGCCGUGUUGAAGCUUCUGUCGUACAUUUUUUGUGAUGAUGUACUUACUGACGCGGUGGCGCAGUUGCAGUACAAAUCAGAUAUAUUGAACCACGUGAAUAAAGUUUAUGUCGAUACCCCAGAUUUCAUCUCGUGGCGCUUCUCUGUGCGGGUUUUAUCGUUGGCAGGGGGCUACAACGAGGACCGUAGUGAUGUGGAAUACACUGACGCAUUGACCCGUUUGGUCACUCGUACUAUCCCCGAGUUCAUUGUCUACUUCGGUGCAACAUUUAUGUACGCUAUGAUACGCCACUACCCCCGGCGUGUGCGUGGAAUCACACCGCGAUGGCUUGCCAGGCAGCGCGCCGUCUUUUCGGCCGCGUACUGCGCCUUUCUUGGGGUGUUUGUCAACUCCAUCUUAGAGUAUCGUGUUCACAAACAUCGUAUGCUGUAUGAGCUACGCAAAAGCCAAGAAUGCCGUCGCCGCCGUGGCGCUGAGAAACGCGGCGUCGAUUACACUCCCAAUACGUAUUUUGACAGUCUUGAGGGUGUCACUCGCCACAUUUACUCCAUGCAGUUGACAACGUAUGGUGCGUCCGCGUCGAUGUUACUCCUUUCACUCGUUCCACUAGUGCCUGUGAAGUUCCCCAAGUGGAUGGGUGACGUGGCAUGGCGUCACCCAUUUGUUCCACGACUGUUUCCGGCCAUCCUUGGGAUGCACGCUGCAUCGCGUUGCAUGGUUCCGUUCGUGUUUGCCCCUUUCACUAUUAUGACAGCUCUGCGUUUCAAUGGGUGGUCCACCACAUUGUAUGACCGUUACGUGGAGUUGCGAAUGCGGCUCUGGCACAGGAAGGUGGAAGCUGUUUUUGACACAUCAACAGAUGUUACCGAUCUUGACGUUACAAGGGAGUCGAAAAAGAAGGGAGGGCUGGCCGGAAACUGA